AUGGGGACCCUGAUGAAGGGGAUCGAGGCGGUCGGCGCUUUUGUCGCAGGUGUUUUGUGUGCGUUCAGCGACCUGUUUCUGACCAAGCCGGAAUGGGCAAGUCUGGAGUACCUGGAGGACGCUGACCUCAAAACAAUUGGUCAAGAGGUGAGGACCUUCAAGGCUAAGGCUCUCUGGGAGUCCUCAGGGGCAGUCAUCAUGGCUGUCCGGCGGCCCGGAUGAUUUUUGUGCAGAGAGGAAGCCUCUGAGCUGUCCUCUCUGAAGCCCCAGCUGGAGGAGCUCGGGGUCCCUCUGUAUGCCGUGGUGAAGGAAAACAUCGGCACAGAGAUCCAGGACUUCAGACCACACUUCGCUGGGGCCAUCUUCCUGGACGAGAAGAGACGUUUCUACGGUCCCCGUGAGAGAAAGAUGGGGUUCCUGGGCUUUCUCCGUGUUGGAGUGUGGAAGAAUGGCUUCAGAGCCUUCCGGAAGGGUUUCCUUGGCAACCUAUACGGAGAGGGCUUUGUCCUUGGAGGAGUGUUUGUCAUUGGAGCAGGCCAACAGGGCAUACUUCUUGAACAUCGGGAGAAAGAGUUUGGGGAUAAGGUCAACAUGCUUGCUAUUCUGAAGACUGCCAGGAAAAUUAAAAUGAAUUAA